UCCCUUAAAAGCGGGAGAGCAGAGCCCAAGGAUCCCGGAGAUGGGGAAGGAGGAGCUGGCGUGAGCCCUGUGGCAAGCACAGAGAGGAGGCUGGUGCUCUCCAGAGAGGUGUGACAGUAACCUGUGAAUCCUAAACCAGUGAUGCAGAUCUUCUAAAGAAACAUGAAACCAAACCCAAAAAGAGAUCACUGAGGGGGAAAAAGUGCAACAUGAGAGCUAAAAUGAAAACCUGGCCUGUGGAGAAGAGCUGCUGGAAGCUCUGACAGACCUUGAGGACGGAGGAUUACUAGAGAACUCCUGCAGAUUCUCAUCAAAGGCUUUGGCUCAGCCUUCCAGUCAGUGCAUGCAGAGCUGUGGGCUCAGCACUCGAGGAUGGAGGUGCUGCGCCGCUCCUCAGUCUUUGCUGCAGAGGUGAUGGAGGUUUUUGACAGGUCUCCCACUGACAAAGAGCUUGUGUCCCAAGCCAAGGCUCUCUGCAGAGACUACAUAAACUCAAGGCUGAUUCAGGCAGGUGUCAGCUGGAGCAAACCCGAGCACAACGCCCCAGUGCCUGGGGGCAAGCUGGCCGAGGUGUCCACCAUACUGCUGAGACUUGGGGAUGAGCUGGAGUACAUUCGCCCCAACGUCUACAGGAACAUCGCCCGCCAGCUGAACAUCUCUCUGCACUCUGAGACCGUGGUGUCUGACGCCUUCCUGGCAGUGGCUGCACAGAUUUUCACUGCAGGCAUAACGUGGGGCAAGGUGGUGUCUCUGUACGCCGUGGCAGCCGGGCUGGCCGUGGACUGCGUGCGGCACGCGCAGCCAGCCAUGGUUCACACCAUCGUGGACUGCCUGGGAGAGUUUGUGAGGAAGACCUUGGUGACGUGGCUGAAAAGGAGAGGAGGCUGGGCAGACAUCACCAAGUGCGUGGUGAAUACUGACCCCAGCCUUCGCUCCCACUGGCUCGUGGCUGCUGUUUGCAGUUUUGGUCACUUCCUCAAGGCCAUCUUCUUUGUCCUGCUGCCUGAGAGAUGAGUCUGAGCUGCCAAGCACAACCCCCCUUGCCCCAUCUUCUCUCCCACUCCAGAAGCAACAAGAAGUAACUGGAGAAGUAAUUCCAGACUGGUAAUGGCAAUCUCUGAAGAGGAGGAAGAGAAGAACUGGGACACAAAAAAAGGCUUGUUCUCCCAUCAAGCAGGAGCGGAUGAUCAACCACAGUCUCCUAUUUGCAACCACACCACAUUAAUCCUUCCAAGAAUCUUGUUUCCCUGGGUGACUUGCAUGUGUGGCCUGGGUGUAGCUGGUCCCUGGGCAUGCUGAUGGCAGCUGUGUGCUGCGUGGGACUGUCAGAUGGCUGCUCCUUACUGCUGUGUUGCAUGUUUAUGCUAGCACCAGGCAGAGGGGAGGAGGAAGGGAAUAUUAUUUGAAAUGGGAUAAAAAAAAAUAGGAGAGGGGGAGAGUCCCUUCUUCACCCCAUGUGAUUUCCCUUUCAGUCCUCAGACUUAACUUGUGUUGAUUCUUGUUGUUACAUUUUGUGCUUAAACUUCAUCUCCUCCUUUAUCCCCGACUCACUUGCUGGGCUCUGCCCCAGCACAGCAUGGUGGGUUUUUAACGAGAUAAAACCAAAUAAUCUGUCAACAGAUGCUUCUCCCUGGCAAGUCCUGGAGAUUGGUCUGAGUACUUGUGUGAGGGGCAGGAUGAGAGGGCAAUGUGUGUUUUGUUGACCCCUCUUGCUGCACUCACCUCAGUCAAAGAGGAGAGCAAGGGGCAAUGCCUUCAAGCAACAACCUGGGAUGGAAUUUCAUCAUGAAGAAAAAUGUAUUCUCCACUGUGAUUCUAUCAGAGCUAAGCGUGUAAGUAGGAAAGGGUGGGGGGCAUGGGCAGAAAUAGGGAAGCUGCAAGUGGCAUUGUAAAAGCAGUGAGCUGUGCUGGAAGUAGCUGAUGGGUGUUUCUCCUUUAAUCUCUUUAAAGUACAACUCAUAGUCUUCUUUGUGGCAAACAAUAAAAGAGAAUAAGUGGUAUUUCACUACUGCAUA